GGGGAUUUGUGGAGAAAGAGCACAAACUUUCAGUUCCCGUUUGCUUUAUAAAAGAGAAGAGAAGAGAGAAGUUUGAAUCAAGGUCUUCUGGACGAACAGACGAGAUGGAUGGGCCCCUUUGUCUCCUCGUUGUUUCAACGCUACUGACCGUGCUUCGUUCAGAAGAAGUGGGUGAAGAAUUCAAAGCCACGCUGACCAACAUGGGCCCUUCCGCCGUAUUCCACGGGGAGUCCAUCCGCCUGACAUGCGAUGUCACUGACCCCCGGUCCACGUGGGAACACGUGUGGUUUCGGGACGACCAGCGGCUGGAUCGGCGCGGGGAGCUGACCAUCCUCUCCACGGCCGUCGGGGACGCUGGGAAUUACACCUGCAGGGGGGAGAGGAGGGGGGCAGGGGGGAUCAUUUACACCCCCAAGAGCCUGCCACACAGUAUCUCGAUCGACAUGGGCAAUGUCCUGCUGACGGUGAGACAGCCCGUCCUGGUGGGGACGACCCUGGACGCCCAGUGUCGGGUGCGGGGCACGCCCAUGCUGACCGAGGUGUAUCUGUACAAAGACGAUGUCUUGGUGUCAAGUCGAACUGACGGGAUGGCAGAUUUCACCCUCCCUAACGUCAACCUCACAUAUCAGGGCACAUACCAUUGUUUGGCCGGUUGGUUUGAUGGACAGCAAAACCUUGCCAAAUCUCUAGGCAAUCCGGUGACUGUCGAAGAGGUUGUUUCUAAGCCCAUUUUGUCGCUGGAGGAGAACGCCAACCCUAAGCGCAAAGACAUGACUCUCAACUGCACGUUCACCUUCAUCAAACCGGAUCCGGCCGCUGAAGUUCACGUCUACUUCUACAGAGACGGGACGAAACUGGAAGGAAUCGCCCGGUCUCAGAAGAGAGCGAGGCUGGUUGUCCUGGCGAAGGAGGGGGAGUACAGCUGCGGGGCCCGGGUUCCCUCGCUGAAGCUCCACAAGUGGAGCGAGCCGAGGAAAUACAGACCCUGAGCCAUGCACCCAUCCCUGCUGGAGCCCUCUCCCCACGAAGGGAGCCUCUUCUGAGGGGAGCCUCUUCUGAGGGGAGCCUCUGGCUGUCUGAGUCGGGAUCCUCUGCAAUAAUCAUGUAGCCGAUAUGAAAUCAAGUACAAUAAUGACUAAUGAACACUGAAUCCUUUUUUUGUAAUCUUUAAUUAUUUUUCAAGUUGUUGUCCACCAUAUUCAUCGCAAAUCUAUGUGAUUCUAAAUGAAAUUAUGUAACAACUUAAAUGACAUAGGCUUUCUGAAUCAAAUAAACAAAUACCCUUUUUGGCAGAACAAAA